GUCAAUGAUGCUGUUGGUGACAAGAUUGUCCCUGAGAUCAAUGAUGCUGUUGGUGACAAGAUUAUCCUUGAGGUCAAUGAUGCUGUUGUUGACAAGAUUGUCACUGAGGUCAGUGAUGCUGUUGGUGACAAGAUUGUCCCCGAGAUCAAUGAUGCUGUUGGUGACAAGAUAGUCCUUGAGGUCAAUGAUGCUGUUGGUGACAAGAUUAUUGUCCCUGAAAUCAAUGAUGCUGUUGGUGACAAGAUUGUCACUGAGGUCAAUGAUGCUGUUGGUGACAAGAUUAUCAAUGAUGCUGUUGGUGACAAGAUUGUCCUUGAGAUCAAUGAUGCUGUUGGUGACAAGAUUGACACUGAGGUCAAUGAUGCUGUUGGUGACAAGAUUGUCCUUGAGAUCAAUGAUGCUGUUGGUGAC